AAUAGGUCCCUGAAGAGGGACAUUUUGGGAGCAGAGGGCGGUGAGGCACUCCCCUCCCACCCGCAUCCCCCCCCAGGGGCCCAAGAAAGGCAAAGCCCCCGCGCCAGCUGGCAGGAAGGGGGGCUAUAAAGGGCGCAGAGGCAGACAGGAGGUUGCUGACUCCCCAGGUGGCUCCCGCUCUCCCGUGCCCCACACGGACGGUUCUCCUCGGUCCAGUCACUCGCACACACCACCACCAUGGAGGCCAUUAAGAAGAAGAUGCAGAUGUUGAAGCUGGACAAGGAGAACGCCUUGGACCGGGCGGAGCAGGCCGAGGCCGAACAGAAGCAAGCCGAAGAGAGGAGCAAGCAGCUGGAAGAUGAACUGGCCGCCAUGCAGAAGAAGCUGAAGGGGACAGAGGACGAACUGGACAAAUAUUCUGAGGCUCUCAAAGAUGCACAGGAGAAGCUCGAGUUGGCUGAGAAGAAGGCUGCAGAUACCUCAUACUUUGGCCCUAAGGCUCUGGGGCUUAUUCUUGAGGACCGUGGUUGA